UCUGAAGCCUGUAGAUCUGUGUAGCCCGACUAGAUCUCUGGUGAUCUCUGAAGAAAUGAUUCUGCACGAGAGCAAGCACUUCUCUAUUAAGGUAAUAAUCUUUAUAUACUCAGAUCUGAUGUUGGUGACCAGAGAGGAUGAACUGGGACGAUGUAAUGUCCUUCAAAACCCGCUGUACCUCAGACAGCUGCAGCUGCAGGAUGAUCACAGCGAAGAUCUGCAAUUCUACUUGAUCCACAUGACAGAGAAAUGUGAUUGUCUUCUGAGUCUGAAAGCAACUUCUCUGGAGCAAAAAGCAAGAGUGUGCCAGUGUUUGAGCGAGAACAUCCAAAAACAGCUUCAGCUGCACGGAAGACAGACGUUCUGCCCACCUCAGCAGAUGCUGGAACCCAAGCAAGAUGAGCCAUGUGACCCCAGGGGCCGGAAAACGACCUCUGAGGAUGACCAAUCCCUGGGCAACCUGUCCGAUGUGUCGGCCACCACUGCGAGCAGCCUUCAGUCCAGGAGUCUCGCCCUGCUGGAGGACGUGUGUACCUCUCUGGAGGAGACCUGCCACCUGGUUCCACCAACACCUCCGCCUUCCACUGAGGGAGAAGAUGAGAAAAGCACUGAGAGCAGCGUGAAUGAGAUAUGGAGGGAGGAUGAAGGCAAAGAGAAAGAGGAGGAGAUGAGGAGCUCUGAGGAGAAAGAAGAGCGGGAGUUCUUACAUGCACAUCCAAGAGAGUGUGAAGAUGACAAACAGCUACUUGUUGAUGAGGACAAUGCUUCAGAGGCGGUGGACACGAACGCUCCUCCUUCAUCAUCUUCUUCAUCUUUUGUCAUCCCUGAGCUGCGAUUAGAUCGCUCCUUCAGUGCGGACGCCCUCUCCACUCCUGGCACCGAUGAAGAGUACGAGGAGGAUGAGGAGGAUGAGGAUGAGGAAGAGGAAGACAGUGACGAUAACUACCUGGAACGCAGUGACAGUAAACGGAGGAGCAUGGUAGAGGCCUCUUCAUGCGAAAAGCACCCGGGUGGACUCAGCGUGCAGAAUUCACUGCGCAGACGCACACACAGCGAGGGCAGUCUUCUCCAGGACCCCCGCACUACCUGCUUCACAUCUGAUAAUGCCAUCAACUGCAUGGAGGGGUCAGGGACACACAAGGGCGGCUGGUCGCUUCCGUCACCCAAAACCCUGAAGAAAGAGCUGACUAAAAAUGGAGGGUCCAUGCACCAGCUGUGUAUGCUGUUCUCCGGAAGAAAACUGAGUGCCGGCUCCGAAUGCAGCUGUGACGUGGGUCCUGACGGGACCAAGAAGAAGAAAUCCAAAAACCUGGCCAAAGACAUGAAGAACCGACUCGCUUUCCUGAGGAGGAGGAAUGAGUCUCCCGGAAGCACCCCAGCCGGCAAGCUCGACAAAACCUUGAAGUCUGUCAAGCCCACUCCAGAAGAGGCAAUGAAGUGGGGCGAAUCGUUGGACAAGCUGCUGGUCCACAAAUAUGGGCUGGCGGCGUUCAGAGCUUUCUUGCGCACAGAGUUUAGUGAAGAGAAUCUGGAUUUCUGGCUGGCCUGCGAGGAUUACAAGAAGAUUAAAUCGCAGUCCAAGAUGACAUCGAAAGCUAAGAAAAUCUUUGCGGAAUUCAUCGCCAUCCAGUCCUGUAAAGAGGUGAAUCUGGAUUCCUACACCAGGGAACACACUAAAGAGAACUUGCAAGACAUCAAUCGCUCUUGCUUCGACCUGGCCCAGAGGAGGAUAUACGGCCUGAUGGAGAAGGACUCGUAUCCUCGAUUUCUGCGCUCGGAGCUCUACAUGGACUUAGUGAACCAAAAGAAACCAAGCACCACAUCGACAUCCUCCUCCUCCUCCUAAGACGACAGAGAGAGAGAGAGAGAGACACUAUAAAGAGUAGCAUCCGCGAGGUUUCUUUCACUUAGCGUUUCAUUGUCAUCAGCCAUUCUAUCUGUUAAUGUGGCAAAAAGACAGAGAGUGGAGAAAUGCACGAGGCAUCGUUUACAAAUGGUGAAAGAGAGAGGAAAAGGUAGCGUGACCCGACCUGAUGGAGCUGGACGAGUGGGGCACCACCACGCUGAAUAAUGCUGGUUAUUCCCAUUUGAAUGUUAUUUAAUUUGUGUACUGGAGAAAUCGAGGCUGUUAUCGCCUCUUUAACACUAUGACAACUGGGUACUGUUUCGCCUCUUCCUGUUCUUCUGAUCGAGCACUGUUGGUGCCACCAACCUCUCGUUGUUCUCCAUUUCACGAUGACUUUCCUGGACGUUCAAAAAUGUCUCGUCCCUACGCGGUUGGAUGUCUGGAUGGUGGAGAACGUCGACGAUCAUGCACUUACUGCUCAAUGGUGUUCCUGUGAACCUUCCUCCAUGUCUUUCGACUCCAUGUCACAUGAUGAAGUUGCUGGCACAAAAUAUAAUUUAAACAAAUAAUUGUAGAGGAAUGGACCAAACUGCAGCUGAAGACUGGAGCGUUUCGCUCUGAGCUCGAAAUGGACUGUCGUUGGUCUCUAAAGACUAUAGAAAACGCUUAGCUGCGAUCUGUAAAGCCAAUAAGCCAUUCAUUGUAGCUUGACAUAUUAAGAAUGGAAGAGACAGUAUUCUCAGGACAUUACGGCACUCGACUAUGAAGCUUCCAGACUUAUUUAACCGUUUGUUUCCUCCCUUUUCUGACUUUAGGUUUAAUCAUGCACUCUAUAUUUAAUAGGGUCAGUUAGGAUCUGUCCCUGUGUUUGUUAAUAAGAAAGACGACAUGUUUUACCAGUACAGAAACGUAGUUAUUUAUUUAGAAGUCUCACUGGUUGCUUUGUACAUUGCACUCAGCCGAAUUUCCCUUUUCCACUUUGAUCCAGGUCCACAGCUGUCCUGAUGUAAGUGCAAUAUGUUUAUUAUUUGUUGACUUAUCUUAUGGAUAAGUUUACCUUUUUUAUGAAAAAGACAAUGGAUUGAGCUCUGCAUUAAUAUUAUUGUAUAAGUUACAGGUAAUGUAAGAAUUACGUUAGUACACAAAUUAUUCUAACUGUGUUUCCCUGGCAGCAGGCAGCCGGGUUAAUGGAUGUAUAUAUGAUUCUUAAGAAAAAAAUGAUUAAAAAAAGAUAAAAACAC